AUGACGGCUGAGAAAUUCCCCGAGUCAUACGAAGAUGCUCUGGACCUUGACGACAAUGUCAUUCACGAGAAGCAGUACCUGGACGCGACAACAACACAAGCGCAGCAGCUCGUUGCGGAGCGAGCCACAACCAAAGCCCUCAUCAGACACCAUCUCAGUGUUGCCCAGGAUGCUCGCGUUGUCAUCAAGUACAAGGAAUGCAGGAUCGGCACUUUUAACAUCUGUUUCCCCGUUGUCGUCGAACCUUUGGAUGCACCAUGCAGGCGCUUAUUCUUGCGGUGCGCCAUGCCUCACAAGUUGGGUGAAGUGCGGUCACGAGGCGCCGUAGAUGAGAAGAUGAGCUGCGAAGUGGCAACGUACGCCUGGAUGCAGGAGCAUUGUCCUGGUAUUCGCAUACCACAUCUCUACGGUUUCGGGCUCGCCGAUCACCGCCAAUUCACCCAUCAGUCGCACCGCCCCUUCUUGACCCGCGCUGUCCAGUAUCUUCGACGGAUGCUCCACGCGUGGCUCAGGCCCUCUACUCUCCUCUCUCACUAUAUCCCCCACACGUCUCCCUAUCGCCUUUCAACUGCCUACAUGAUCCUUGAGGAUGUUGGCGCGGACAAGAGCCAGAUGCUGUCCAACACCUGGGCCAAACACCGCGAUGACCCCAUGCGAAGGCGGAAUCUCUACCAUGGACUUGCCAAGACGAUGCUCUCCCUGGCCUCUAUUCCACAGCCCCGAAUCGGCGCCUUUAGAUUCCACGCUGACGGCAUCAUCACGCUCUCCAACAGACCGAUCACGACGAGCAUCGCCAUUCUCGAAAAUGACGGCGCACCCCGUUGUAUCCCGCGCGACCGUACCUAUGCGGCCACAGAGUCAUACGUGUCCGACAUGAUGACCUUUCACGACCACCGUCUCUCGUCGAACCGUAACGCCGCCUUUGAUGCCACGGACUGUAGCAGCACGAUGGCGAGCAAGGUCACAUUCCGGGCCGUCGCCCACCGCUACAUUCUCGAGGAUCGGCGUGAGGGGCCUUUCUAUCUGCGGUUUGACGAUCUCCACGCCAGCAACAUAUUUGUCGACUAUGACUGGAACAUCACGAGCCUGGUCGACCUGGAGUGGGUGAACGCACAACCGGCCGAGUUGCUGCGCGUGCCGUACUGGCUGACGGACGGCGACCUUGGCGAGUUCAAGGGCGAACAGCUCAGUCGGUUCAAUGAGAGACGCGAGGAAUUCCUGGAAAUAUUCGAAGCACCGGUCCUGACCAACGUCAUGAAACGGACAUGGGAACACGGCGGUGCGUGGUUCUGGACAGGCCUGAGUUCUGUCAACGGCAUGCACGCCAUGUGGUCUGGUCACAUUUGCCAGCUGUAUGCACCUACGCUUUCUCUCAGUGAAGAGGAGACCCUCUCCAAGCUGUGGUGUCAUGAUAGCGACGACUUUGUGGAGAGCAAAGUGCGGGAUUACGAGGCGUACUGUGAGGAGCUGAAGAAGCUGUACGCCGACAAGGAUGUACCUGCCGACAAGUACCGUAGGCACUCAACAAAGUCGCUAGCGCUGGUUGCUAAAAUCUAGCCUCCUUUAGUUUAGCGUCAUGCAUCCAUGCCUAUGCAGGAGUACAAAUCCUACUCAGGCCCUGUACAAAACUCAUGCCCAAACGACCCGUGCAGCCCAAUAGCUACAGAUCAAUUGGCACCACUUCUGACAGGGGUCCCGGUCAGCCAAGACAGACCAGCGCUAGCGACUUUGUCGAGUGCCUACGGUAGGCCAUGCUAAACUGCACUCUUGUAUAACAAAUUUUGUGCAAUACACCUGUUGUCGUCGGAUGAAAUGGCUUCCUGGCGACAGCGAGCG